AUGAUUACUCGGACACCCAUCAAGCAGUAUAAUCGUGUCCCUAGGUGGUCUAUUCUUGUAGCAUAUUUCUGGUUGUGGACCUCCGUACAUGCCCAACCUCCACAACCCAUUGGCAUUAAUCUAUGCGACUUGCCCCGUAAACCAGACUCGCAAUUAUGGAAUCAACUUAAACUUGAUCAAUACAUCCAAGGGUAUCCCAAUGGCCAAAAUCUAUCCGUCAUUGAAUUUGCAAGGCAGAAUGGAGCUGAGAACUUCCUUUGCGGUAUCGGUGAGAAGUGUAACAUUGGAGAACUCUGUCAUCCAGUCCAAGGCCCAGCUUGGCAUGUCUUGUUUGCCAUACAGGAAUGGAACAUGUUUAUGAACUCCGUAUACAUGGCCGUGGCUACUACCAUGGAUCUGGUCCGAGUCACAACAGCAUCUUUAUUGAUGGAUCUUACUGAUCCGAACGAGAAAGAUGCCGGUUAUGUGGAUCCAAUGUUUAUCCUCAGCCUUUUGGGUGCAUUUUUUGUAUCUCUGUCACUUGGGGUAUUCUAUAGUCUUGCCACCAUUGCCUAUAGCUCGUCUUGGUUCACCAUCUCAGCACUUAGUGUGUUCCUCGGUAUAGGAAGCACCCUCUCCUUUUCUGGGCUCCAAAUUUCUACAAUGGUCGAGCAAGAAAAGGCCAUUGAAGAGACUGCUUUCAAUAAGUGGUCUCGUUUUGGCUACUACUUCAGCCAAUGGGAAGAUGCUAUGCAUCAGGGCAUCACCCAUAGCGUCAACGCCACGCUGCACACUGGGAUUUCUGAUCUCGGACCGAGUGGCAUCGUUCACUUUCUUGGAAAUGGAAGCUUUUUUCAAUCACACCCCAGAAAGACCUCAGCUGAGAUCGAACUUGGUCUCAAGGACGUUACUCAAAUUCGAGCACUCGUGAUCUUGCUUCGUUCCAUGAAUGCUUUCGUCACCCGGGGUAGUGGACCCUGCACUGGCCGCGGAACAAAUGGAGCUUGGGAUGGAGAUGAUCACUUGUCAUACUGUGGACCAGACAAAAUUAUGAUGAACAUAGUCAUAGCAGAUGGAAAGCAUGCCAAGAACACAUUUUUCAACGCAAAGGCAAUUGCACUGAAAUACAGUAUCACCACUGAAUAUCUUACUGUAAACUCAUGGACAUGUCAGCAAAAGUAUGGAAUCGGAGCUGACCCGUAUGCGGGAACUGCGAUGCCAAUGGACGUCUCUUCUGAAUGUGUGGCCAAUCUUCCCGUUUGUGACUGUACCGAUCCAGAGAUACGAAAAGCUAUCAAAAAGCACGGGACUGUUCGUGCAUGUCGAGAUGUAGGAAAAUUACCAAUCUGA